AAAUGUAGCAAUCACAGUAGUUCCACUAGUUGCGCUUCUUCCGACCACUGGUCUUGAUAUUGGAGAGAAGGGUUUGGAGAAGAGCCCUCGUCUUUAGUAGUAUUUCUUUCAAGAACUGCAGAAAUUGAGAAGAUGGGGUGGCAACAUUUCGGUGGAGCCUUUUCAUCUGUGUGGUCUUGGAUAUUCAGUUACAACCAGUAAAUAAAGUCAGGUGCUCUCCUUGGCAGUUGAUGCAGGCCGGUAGUUCGUAAGAUGAAAUUUUUACAAAGAUACGAAAAAUGUGCCGCGGCACAUUUCAUACAGGCAGGAUCGUCUGAGCAGCAAGCGUGAAAAGUUUAAAAGUAAUCAAAAUGUAAUUGGAUUUUUUGCAGACAGCAUUGUCAGUUUUUGAAUUCGCCGAUGGCCGUUGUGAUUCAAGAGAUGGUUGCAUGUCAGGUGUCGGGAGUUAUGUUUACAUGUGAUCCAGUCAGCAACAACCCGAACAGCAUUACUAUCACAGCAAACUAUGGUUUGGGAGAGACUGUGGUGUCCGGAUCCGUUGAGCCUGAUACUUUUGUGCUGAAGAAGAACGGGGAUGAUGAUCCCACAAUAGAAGAACUGACUAUUGGAUCGAAGUUCCAGAAGGAAGUCAUGGAUGGAGCUGUUGUGAGCAGGGAAUAUGGCCUGCCGUGUGUUGUCGGUGUACGAAGAGCCACAAAGCAGUUCAAAACAGGUGAUUAUAUUUUGAUUGAUGGAAAGAAAGGUAUUUUACAGAGAUUGCCACAACCGAAUGGUUUAGAAGACAAAGAAGCAGAUGAAACCGUAAGCUGAAAUGAAGAAAUUCGUCUGAAACUGUUUUCUGAGAAAUUAUGAGUUCUGAGAAAUUAUGAGAAUUUAACAGAACUGAUCAAGUUUUUUUUUCAAAUUUCUUUUUCUAUUUAAAAAUAAAUUGUAGU